AUGGCCUUUCGUAAGUGUGUGCAGGUCCUGCUCCGUUCCAGCUUGGCUCCCAUGUGCCACCCAGUAUUCACGAGGACCCAUCCAAGAUUUUUUCAUACAGUUCCCAGACUCUGCAGUCAAUCUCAGCAAAACGGUUCCUCGGGAUCUAAAGUGCUGGUGCACUUUGUAAACCAGUCGGGGGUAAAGACCAGCGUGUUUGUCACAGAGGGAGAGACUCUUCUAGAUGUUGUCAUCAAGAAGAAUCUUGACAUCAGCAGCUUUGGAGCAUGUGAGGGCACUCUGGCCUGUUCCACCUGUCACCUGAUAUUUGAGGAGAGCGUGUAUGACAAACUGGAACCAAUAGUGGAUGAAGAGGUUGACAUGCUGGAUUUAGCUUAUGGACUCACCAAGACAUCUCGUUUGGGGUGUCAGGUGUCUGUGGAGCACUGGAUGGAUGGAAUGACAGUUCACGUUCCGCAAGAGAUCAAUGAUCAACAAGGAAAACAAGAGGCAGUGAGCAGCAAAUGA